AGUACUGCAGUUCUACAGUUCUACUCUCAACUCUCCGUCCCGCGAGAACAAUACCAUUUUCCCAAUUGUCCUGGGAAUAUUCUUCCUUUCCAGAGACGGCAAUGUCCCAAUCCCAUCAGGAACAAUUGGUUACACAUUGUCCCCAAACUCCGAGACAAAUUGAGCAAUGCUUACUUGCGCGUUUCCUUAGCUUAGCUCGGCAGAGCUUGUCAACAGCUCCUCACCGCACCCCUCCAGCUUGUCCAGAUUGUCUACCUUGUCCAGCUCGAUAUCGGAACAAUGACUGACCAACAUGAUCCCCAUGGCGCUUACAGCGAGGUGUUCGAGGAGGGAAUGGAUCUCCAGCAGGAGCAGACGAUUCAUCGCAUCCGCGCCAAUUCCACCAUCAUGAAUUUGAAGAAGAUUCUUGUUGCCAAUCGAGGAGAAAUUCGUAUUCGUAUUUUCCGUACUGCCCAUGAGCUUUCGCUGCAGACUGUCGCAGUUUUCAGCUAUGAGGAUCGACUCAGCAUGCACCGGCAGAAAGCCGAUGAGGCCUAUGUGAUCGGAAAGCGCGGACAAUACACACCUGUUGGAGCAUACUUGGCAGGCGACGAGAUCAUCAAGAUUGCCCUGCAGCAUGGAGUGCAGAUGAUCCAUCCUGGUUAUGGUUUCCUCUCUGAGAAUGCCGGGUUUGCUCGCGCUGUUGAGAAGGCCGGACUUAUUUUUGUCGGCCCCUCCCCCGAAGUCAUCGAUGCACUUGGCGAUAAAGUCUCUGCCAGAGCCAUUGCAAUCAAGGCCGGAGUGCCGGUUGUUCCUGGAACCGAAGGUGCGGUUGACAAAUUCGAGGAUGUCAAGAAAUUCACAGACGAAUAUGGCUUCCCCAUCAUCAUCAAGGCAGCUUAUGGAGGUGGUGGACGUGGUAUGCGAGUCGUGCGGGAACAAGCAAGCUUGGAAGACUCCUUCCAGCGAGCUACAUCCGAAGCGAAGUCUGCUUUUGGUAACGGAACAGUCUUCGUUGAACGUUUUCUCGACAAGCCAAAGCACAUCGAAGUCCAACUUCUCGGAGACAACCAUGGAAAUAUUGUUCACUUGUUCGAGCGUGACUGCUCCGUCCAACGAAGACAUCAGAAGGUGGUUGAGCUGGCUCCUGCAAAAGAUCUCCCAGCCGACGUCAGAGACAACCUCCUAGCUGACGCGGUCAAGCUUGCAAAGUCGGUCAAUUACCGCAAUGCUGGAACUGCGGAGUUCUUGGUUGACCAGAAGAACCGAUACUACUUCAUCGAAAUCAACCCUCGUAUCCAAGUCGAGCACACCAUCACUGAAGAGAUCACUGGCAUUGAUCUUAUUGCUGCUCAAAUUCAGAUUGCUGCAGGCGCCACACUAGCUCAACUCGGGUUGACUCAGGAUCGCAUCUCCACCAGAGGUUUUGCUAUCCAGUGUCGUAUUACUACCGAGGACCCUGCCAAGGGGUUCCAGCCUGAUACUGGAAAGAUCGAGGUCUACCGAUCCGCUGGUGGUAACGGAGUCCGCCUCGAUGGUGGCAAUGGAUUUGCUGGCGCACUCAUUACUCCACACUACGAUUCUAUGCUUGUCAAAUGUACCUGCCAUGGCUCCACUUACGAAAUUGCGCGACGAAAGAUGCUGCGUGCUCUCGUUGAAUUCCGUAUCCGCGGUGUCAAGACCAAUAUUCCUUUCUUAGCAUCAUUGCUCACUCACCCUACCUUCAUUGAAGGCAACUGCUGGACUACUUUCAUCGAUGAUACCCCUCAACUGUUCGAUCUCGUUGGCAGCCAGAAUCGUGCCCAGAAGUUGUUGGCAUACUUGGGAGACCUUGCCGUCAACGGAAGCAGCAUCAAGGGACAGAUUGGAGAACCGAAGUUCAAGGGUGAUAUCAUCAUGCCAGAACUCUUUGAUAAUGCUGGAAAGAAGAUUGACACUUCUGUACCCUGCCAGAAGGGUUGGAGAAACAUUAUUGUUAAGGAAGGCCCCGAAGCAUUCGCUAAGGCCGUCCGAAAGAACAAGGGUUGUCUUCUCAUGGACACAACUUGGCGUGAUGCUCAUCAGUCGCUCUUGGCCACUCGGGUCCGGACAGUUGAUCUUCUCAACAUUGCCAAGGAAACUAGCCACGCCUAUAGCAACCUCUACAGUCUUGAAUGCUGGGGUGGAGCGACUUUUGAUGUCGCCAUGCGAUUCCUAUACGAGGAUCCUUGGGACAGACUCCGAAAGAUGCGAAAAGCGGUGCCGAAUAUCCCAUUCCAGAUGUUGCUUCGUGGUGCCAACGGUGUUGCCUAUUCUUCAUUACCAGACAACGCCAUCUUUCACUUCUGCGAGCAAGCGAAGAAGCACGGUGUCGACAUCUUCCGAGUCUUCGACGCUUUGAACGACAUUGACCAACUUGAGGUCGGUAUCAAGGCCGUCCACAAGGCUGGUGGUGUUGUUGAAGGCACUGUGUGUUAUAGUGGUGACUUUUUGAACCCAAAGAAGAAGUAUAACCUUGAAUAUUAUAUGGAUUUGGUCGCAAAGCUUGUUGAUCUCAAGAUCCAUGUCCUGGGCAUCAAGGAUAUGGCGGGAGUCCUCAAGCCGAAAGCUGCCACUCUCUUGGUUGGAUCUAUCCGCAAGAAGUACCCGGAUCUUCCUAUCCACGUCCACACUCAUGACUCAGCUGGGACUGGUGUUGCCUCGAUGGUAGCCUGCGCUAAUGCUGGUGCCGAUGCCGUUGAUACUGCUACAGACAGUCUGUCUGGGAUGACAUCUCAGCCAAGUGUUGGCGCUGUUCUUGCUUCCUUGGAGGGUACAGAUCUUGACCCCGGCUUGAACGUCCACCAUGUUCGAGCUAUCGAUACAUAUUGGUCUCAGCUCCGUCUACUCUACUCUCCAUUCGAGGCUGGGCUACAUGGACCCGACCCGGAAGUUUACGAGCACGAGAUUCCUGGUGGACAGCUCACCAACAUGAUGUUCCAAGCUUCUCAACUUGGUCUUGGUGCGCAGUGGGCAGAGACGAAGAAAGCUUACGAACAAGCGAAUGAUUUACUUGGUGACAUCGUCAAGGUCACCCCAACAUCGAAGGUCGUUGGUGAUUUGGCUCAGUUCAUGGUUUCCAACAAGCUCAACUUUGAUGAUGUCCAGAAGAAAGCCGCUGAGCUUGACUUCCCUGGCUCAGUCCUUGAGUUCUUCGAAGGUUUGAUGGGUCAGCCAUACGGUGGCUUUCCAGAGCCUCUGAGAACAAACGCUCUUCGUGGCAGACGCAAGCUCGACAAGCGCCCUGGUUUGACCCUCGAGCCACUUGAUCUCCAACAGAUUAAGAAGGAUAUUCACAAGAAAUGGGGCAGCGUCACGGAGUGCGAUGUUGCUAGUUACGCUAUGUACCCGAAGGUCUUCGAGGAUUACAAGAAAUUCAUCCAAAAGUACGGUGAUCUCAGUGUGCUCCCGACCAGAUACUUCUUGUCUCGGCCUGAGAUUGGCGAGGAAUUCCAUGUCGAACUGGAGAAGGGCAAGGUGUUGAUCUUGAAGCUUCUCGCUGUUGGUCCGUUGUCCGAUUCCACUGGCCAGAGAGAAGUGUUUUAUGAGAUGAAUGGUGAGGUCCGUCAAGUCACAGUCGAUGAUGUCAAAGCUGCUGUUGAGAACACCAGCCGACCCAAGGCCGAUCCUGGAGACAGCAGCCAGGUUGGAGCACCAAUGGCUGGUGUGGUUGUCGAACUUCGUGUCAGGGAUGGUGGUGAGGUCAAGAAGGGUGAUCCACUAGCUGUUUUGAGUGCCAUGAAGAUGGAAAUGGUCAUAUCUGCACCACAUGCUGGAAAGGUUGCCAGCGUUCAGAUCAAGGAAGGUGAUUCGGUUGGCGGCUCUGAUCUCAUCUGUAAGAUUGUCAAGGCCGGGGAGUAAGAAGCAAAAGGAUUACGACUGUACGAAGUACAAGAUGGUGAACGAAGGAACAAUGAAUAGAUGUUAUUAUGGGGAAGUUGGCCGGUGGCGGGACGGAAGGUGAAAGGAUCGGUUUUGGGAUGGCAGUAGAUGCUUCUAUGAAUUAAACCCACGUCGUUUUGAUCCAACAUACAAUACAGCAACAUUCGAGGUCUGGCUCGUUAUAGUAAAACAUGAAAGUUUGGUCCUUCCUUAUCAAAUACUUCAUCGAUGUGUGAACACGAGAAAGGAAUCUAGAUCUCAAAUCAC